AUGGCAGACGCACCAACAAAACAGAAGCUCUGGGGCGGUCGAUUCACAGGGAAAACAGACCCUCUUAUGCAUGCUUUUAACCAGUCUCUGAAAUACGAUCAGAGGAUGCACGCUGUCGACAUUAGAGGGUCGAUUGCGUACGCGAAAUCUUUGACGCUCGUUGGUAUCUUGACAAAAGAUGAAGAGAAACGCAUCGUCAAAGGCCUCCAGGAUGUUGGGAAGGAAUGGGAAGACGGUACUUUCCAACCUCAAGAGGAUGACGAAGAUAUUCAUACAGCCAACGAACGCCGCUUAAGUGAAAUUAUUGGUCCUCUGGGCGGAAAGCUCCACACUGGUCGUUCUCGUAACGACCAAGUUGCAACUGAUGUCCGUCUCUGGCUGCUUGAUCAAGUCAAAGAGGCAGAAAAGGACCUCAAGGCUCUUAUUCGGGUACUUGUUGAACGGGCGGACAAUGAAAAAGAUUAUAUUCUUCCUGGUUAUACCCACCUUCAGCGAGGGCAACCUAUUCGAUGGGCUCAUCUCCUUUUGUCAUAUGCUUUCUCAUUCAAAAAUGACCUUGAUCGACUCCGUGAACUUGUUCCCCGAAUUUCAGUCUUGCCGCUGGGGAGCGGUGCAUUGGCUGGAAACCCUUUCCUUGUUGACCGUGAAUUCCUUGCGAAAGAGCUCGGGUUCCUAUCUAUUGCUGAAAAUAGCUUAUGGGGAGUCGCAGACCGCGACUUUAUUGCCGAAUACAUGAUGUGGUCUAGCUUGGUUAUGACACACAUGAGCAAGAUGGCUGAAGACAUGAUUAUUUAUUCUACCGCAGAAUUUGGUUUCAUCACUCUCAGCGAUGCUUACAGCACUGGAUCCAGUAUGAUGCCACAGAAGAAGAAUCCCGACUCUCUAGAGCUGCUCCGAGGAAAGAGUGGACGCAUCUUUGGAAAUAUGGCUGGCUUUAUGAUGACUUUGAAAGGUCUUCCAUCCACAUACAACAAAGAUCUUCAAGAAGACAAGGAGCCGCUGUUCGAUACGGUCGAUAAUAUCUCAGCAUGCUUACAAAUCGCUGAGGGCGUAAUCGCGACCUUGGAGGUACACGGAGAAAAAAUGCGUGCGGCUUUGACCAUGGACGUCCUUGCGACAGACUUGGCGGACUACCUCGUUCGUAAAGGAAUCCCUUUCCGAGAGACGCAUCACAUUUCUGGACGUGCGGUUGCACUGGCUGAAGCUCGUCAAUGCCAAAUUAACGAACUCACCAUGCAAGAUUUCAAAGCCCUAAGCAAAGAAUUUACUGACGAUAUUUACAAAGUUUUUGAUUUCGAGGCAAGCGUCGAAAGAAGGGAAGCAAUAGGAGGUACCAGCCGCAAAAUGGUCGAAAGGCAGAUCGCCACCCUUCGCGCUGAACUUGAAAAGUAG